GAUCACGUACGAUGAGUUCUUCGCUUACCUUUUUCGUUACAACGGAAGUCACACAAGUAGACAAAUAAGUUUUAAAGGAAGUCCAUACUCGUGGAUGAUACAAGCAAAAUCUUGAACGUAAGGUAAUUGUCGGCCUUGUCAAGAGAGAGAAUGCAGGAUGACUUUCAUCAAAAAGCGUUGCGUGACAACCUAAUGAACGCGAAUGCCUCAAGAGUAUAGAGGUUUGUGUACCUUGAAUUCAGUGGUUGGUGUCCUGGAUCGGCUCUCAAUACAAAUCUUAAGGUACCGACGGACCUAAUGAAGCAUAUCUCUUCUGUCAACUGUUCCAUAUUUAUAUGGGUCUCUUCACACGCAUUUCCCAUUUGAUUUCCGUCCUGGCUCGUAUUAGCGGGUAAUAGUACUUGUGCUGAUACUGGACGGUAAUAAACAAGCCAAAAGGAUAUAAACUUCUGCGGCAAUUAAUUUGUUAUCAACUCUUCGUUCGACGAACGUGUCAAGGUGGAAGAUCACGCGGCAAUUCAGUCCAGUUCGAUAAACUACCGUCGAGUCCUGACUAGAGUAAAACGUGCUGUGAUGGAACUUGAACUCGAUAGUAUUCAAAUCAGGGAAGAAAAAGGCCCCAAACAUCGCAAUGGAAGGGCAUUUUCACGAAAGAUGAAACGGCGAAGAUUGGUGGACAAGAGAGGACGAAUUCAUGUGAAUUACGUGAACGUACCUGAUCGUGGGCAACUGUAUUAUCUUUCAGACCACUUCACAACUUUAAUCGAAGCUCAGUGGAGAUACGUUAUUCUCAUUUUCUCGCUGUCUUUUAUAGUUAGCUGGCUGGUGUUUGGAACGAUCUGGUGGGGAAUUUACAGCUACCGCAAGAAAUACCACGACAUCGAAUGUAUUGAGAAAGUUGACUCGUGGACUUCAGCGUUCUUGUUCUCGUUAGAGACGCAAACAACGAUUGGUUAUGGAGGCCGACAAGUCACACCGCACUGUCCGGAAGGAGUAAUUUGUUUGUUAAUACAAUGUAUCAUUGGUUUGUUAAUCUCCUCCACAAUGCUAGGUCUCAUAUUUGCCAAACUUUCGCGCCCUCACAAGCGAAGAUGCACUAUUCUAUUUUCACGUCACGCUGUUAUAGGUCCGCGUAAUGGCAAACUUUACUUAAUGAUGAGAAUUGCGGAUUUGCGAAAAAGACAGCUCAUAGAGUCACACAUUCGUGUUUUUCUUAUCGAUCGAUACGUCUCGCGAGAGAAAGAAAAAAUUUGUUGUUUUAGGCAGCCUCUUUCAAUAACUUGUGACAAGGACGAUGACGAUGACGAAAAAAUAUUUUUAUUUGCACCAGUAGUUCUGCUGCACGAAAUUAAUGAACAGAGCCCCUUUUACGAUUAUUCGCCCGAUGAUUUACUUUUAAAGGAUUUCGAAAUUGUUGUACUUUUGGAAGGGAUCGUUGAACCUACAGGAAUGACUAUGCAAGCACGAACAUCUUACGUGGGCGAUGAAAUUCAUUGGGGACAUUUAUUUGUUGACAUCAUGGAGUAUAGAGACGGUGGCUACUAUGACAUUGACAUCUCGCGGUUUCACGAAACUUUUGAGGUGGAACUCCCGCGAGGGACUGCUAGAGAGUUUUACGAGAGAAGACUUGAAGAGAACGAUGAAGAAUGUUCCCAGUCAAAUUCGCAACAGCAUGAAAUGAAGGAAUUGGAAAACACCAACGAAACGGACGCAGCCCCGCGCAACGAUCGCAGUGGGGUAGCCUUGAUUCCGAACGGAGACGUGGGAAAGCAAGACGGAGUGACUAAAUUAUGACCACUUGUUUUGGGCUGGUAACUCAUUCGUGAAUGGAGUGAGAUUGAAAAAAGCGAACAGUCCAGUCAUAAUUGAAAGCCCUGCUGUUUCCAUAGGAAACAACUCUUUUUUCAGCUCUACAAGAGUCCACCAUUUGUAUUCAAAACGCAUAAAAAGUUCUACGGUCAUUUAAUCUUUUUUGUCCCUUGACAAUUGAUUGGUUUUCAAGCAGAGAUCUUUUGAUCUUCUCGAUCAAUUUUGGUCAUGUUUUUUUUUUAAUAGCUCCGUUGUACCUAAUUGAGCAGCAUUUAGUUUCCAACGCACAUUUUUAAGUGGUCAAGCCUGUGUUUUGUAUUAGGCCUUCUCACAAUGUGCCGGAAAAAUUGGAUUUGCAUCAUCAUUUUUUUUCAAACUGUUAAGUUUAAGAGUUGUUGACUCAGUUAUGACGAAAUACUCAUUCUUGUUUUUCCAAUGAUUCCGUUAUCGCUUAUUACGAGUUACAAAUAGGUUGGCUUUUAAAAUUAAACGGAACAUUUUUUACCAUUUUCUGUAAAACAAAGGUGAUCGAUAAAAAAGUGGGUUGAAACAUUUUUAGUUUUUAUUACGAAGACCAGAUGGUUAAGUUCUGACGCAUACAAAUGUUUUGAAAAGAAA